AUGGCAUUCAAAUUUGUAUUAUUCGCCGCCUUCGUAGCCGCAGCCAGUGCUAGCCCUAUUGGCUUUCCUUUGGGACUAUCUUCUUACUCCACCGCAGCUCACGUUGCUCCAGCCUAUACUCACACCUAUGCCGCCCCAGUCGCCCACGUAGCCUAUGCUCCAGUCCAAAAGACCAUCAUAGCUGAAGCUCCAGCCAACUACGACUUCGGCUACUCCGUAAACGACCCACACACCGGAGACAGCAAAUCUGCCCAAGAAUCCCGUCACGGAGACUCUGUACAAGGAUCUUACUCCCUCAUCGACGCUGACGGUACUAAGAGAACCGUAGAAUAUACCGCUGACGAACACAACGGCUUUAACGCAGUAGUACACAAAGAACCAGCUCAUGUAGCCAAAGUAGCCCUAGCCGCUCCAGUCGCCUACGCGGCCCCAGUAACCCACUACGCUCACGCCGCUCCAGUACAAUCUUACUACCACCACUAA